AUGACCCGAAUUUCGAUAUAUAGCGCCGCCUUGGUCGCUUUCGCUGGCUCGACCGCCAUGACCCUGGCCGCGAUCCUCAUGCCAGACUGGGUCAGCUACUCCGUCACCGCCAACACGGGCGCGACUUUCACACAGAAGCUGGGCCUCCACCGGAGCUGCUCCUCCGAGUUCGACCCCCCAUGCCGGCCCUUCCCAGAGCGCGUAGACUGCCUGGGAGACGAGAGACAGUUCUGCUCGAUGUGGCGGACUACGGGCUUCCUCAUGUCGUUUGCGGCGGUCGCCGAGCUGGCUACACUUGUCGGCUUCCUUGUUAUUAUGAUGGGCGGCAAGAUGAAGCGGGAGGCUGGGUGGAAGAUUGUCGUCGGGAUGCUGGCCAUCGUCGCGGCGAUCCUGCUGGCCGCCAUGUCGAUUGUGGCCUAUCUCCUCGACCACGAUGAGAAAUUCAUCGUACCUGGGUGGAAAUUGGACAAGUCAUGGAUUCUUUGCAUCGUCAGUGGCAGCUUAGCCGUUCUGAGUGCACUGGGCUUGACUAUUUCAGCUUUCGUCCUCCCGCCAGAAGAUGGAUACGAAUUCCUCGAUGAUCCCAUCAAUCCCUGA